AUGUCGUUCUCCUGGUUGUCGUCUGGCACCAGCUUCUUUUCCUCACAUCCCAAUACAGCAUCGACUUCGAGAGGUCACCGCAACCUUCCCGAAUCACGACAACCUGAAUGCGAGGCUCUUGCCUUUUCAGCGCCUUUCGCGAGGCCCACAGAGCAGCUGUGUGGCCGGCAGCGAUUACGGUCGGCUUCACCAUUUUGCAAUGAGCGAAGGAGUAGAAAUGGCGACGCGUUACAGGCAUCGGAUGUAUAUUCUUCAUGCUGCCGUUCGGUGCUGGCUAAAGCGUCCGAACACGCUGGGCCAGUCACGAGCGCAAAGAGGCACGAUCACCAGCGCUCCUACUACGUUCACACCCCAGUCGAAGAUGGUGAUAGUGGAUCUUCAGGCUUCUUUGGGUCUUGCGGCUCGUCGUCAUCGUCACUCUAUCUCCCGACCGAGGCGCAGACUGACAAAUUUCUAUGGGAGCAUCGCACCCAGGUGACGGCGGGCACUGCCUCAUUGGUCUCGACGAUGGCCUCGUUCCCAUUCGACUCGGUUAAGUCGCGGUUGCAAGUGAAGGAUUAUCCUCCGCCGGCGAUAUGGAACUGCACAAAGGCAGUCGCGAGGGAGGAGGGCCUCGGUGGAUUUUUUCGCGGCGUCACCAUUCCGUUGAUCACCAUCACGUUCGUGCGCACGAGCAGCUUCAGCAUCUACUACUCCACCAAAGAUCGUCUACACAACGCCGGCUACUACAAUAACCCGAAGAACCUCUGGGACAUUGCUAUGAGCGGUGCAGCGGCCGGCGCAACGAGUGGCGUAAUCAUCAGCUGCGGUUCGGCGCCGUUCGAGCUGGUCAAGGUGCAGCGCCAGCUCGAGUACCUCAUUGCAGUGCAGAACGGGCUCGUGCGUUCGCCUUCCACGGCCCCCGGCAAGCCCGGCAGACCCUCCAAGCAGGCACACGAGCGGUACAAGCCCCAGUCGGGCUUCCAGGCCGCUUCGGCCAUCUGGAAGAAUCAUGGUGGGAUCAAGGGGUUCUACAUUGGCUUUCCGCUGCACAUCAUGCGAGAUACCUUGGGCACGACUCUCUACUUUGGCUUCUACGAUACCAUGCGCUCGCUUGUGCAGCGCCACUCGAGCGGAGAUUCCAACUCUGGCCCACAGCUAUUCGGCAUCCCAUGUCCCGUAGUCUCGUUCUUGACUGGAUCAACUGCCGGUAUCGCGUCGUGGCUCAUUGUAUACCCCGUCGACUUGCUCAAGACAAACGUGCAGAAGCGCGAGCUGUCUGGUCACCCGCGCAAGUUGACUGGUCUGCAGCUCUUUGCACGUAUUCUCUCCGAAAGACCACCGCCGCCUGGACAAGUAUCAACGGAUACGCUGCCGAAACGCUUCCUCCGACUGUACAGGGGGCUUGGUGUCAGUGCGCUUCGGAGCUUCAUCUCACACGGCAUGACUUGGAGCUUAAUAGAGACCAUCUCGGCGCGCAUCUCGCAGCGCGUGGGCAACAAGGGAUCCUAUCUACCUGGCGAUAGUUAAGGAUGAUAUCAUGGGAGAGCAGAGAGGCGCAGUACACUGCAAACAAGAUGAGAAAUUUACAGCGAACACAAUGUCCGAGAGCAGCAACAACUUAGCACCUUAUAGAGCGAUGCUUUAAUGUAAUACAUAGAGCCUUGUUGGCGAGCCCAUCUAGCCUUGCAGUCUGUUCCUUGCCUGCACCCCAAUGCUAAGUAAGCUCAU